AUGACCUGUGCCCUGCACCCUAUGACCUGUGCCCUGCACCCUGUGCCCUGCACCCUGCACCCUGCACCCUGUGCCCUGCACCCUGUGCCCUGCACCCUGCACCCUGUGCCCUGCACCCUGCACCCUGUGCCCUGCACCCUGCCCUGUGCCCUGCACCCUGCACCCUAUGACCUGUGCCCUGCACCCUGUGCCCUGCACCCUAUGACCUGUGCCCUGCACCCUGUGCUCUGCACCCUGCACCCUGUGCCCUGCACCCUGCACCCUCACCCUGCGCCCUGUACCCUGCACCCUGUGCCCUGCAGCCUGCAGCCUGCACCCUGCGCCCUGUGCCCUACACCCUGUGCCCUGCACCCUGCACCCUGUGCCCUGCACCCUGCAGCCUGCACCCUGUGCCCUGCACCCUAUGACCUGUGCCCUGCACCCUGUGCCCUGCACCCUGCGCCCUGUACCCUGCACCCUGUGCCCUGCACCCUGCACCCUGCAGCCUGCACCCUGCGCCCUGCACCCUGUGCCCUGCACCCUGCACCCUGUGCCCUGCAGCCUGCACCCUGUGCCCUGCAGCCUGCGCCAUGCACCCUGCACCCUGUGCCCUGCAUCUUGUGCUGCAGCCUGCACCCUGCGCCCUGUGCCCUACACCCUGUGCCCUGCACCCUGCACCUUGCGCCCUGGGCCCUGCAGCCUGCACCCUGCAGCCUGCGCCCUGUACCCUGCACCCUGUGCCCUGCAGCCUGCACCCUGCGCCCUGUGCCCUACACCCUGUGCCCUGCACCCUGCACCCUGCGCCCUGCACCCUGCGCCCUGCACCCUGUGCCCUGCACCCUGCGCCCUGCAGCCUGCACCCUGUGCCCUGCAGCCUGCGCCAUGAACCCUGUGCCCUACACCCUCCUGCACCCUGUGCCCUGCACCCUGCGCCCUGUAGCCUGCACCCUGGGCCCUGCAGCCUGCACCCUGCACCCUGCGCCCUGUGCCCUGCCCCCUGCAGCCUGUGCCCUGCACCCUGGGCCCUGCAGCCUGCACCCUGCGCCCUGUGCCCUGCCCCCUGCAGCCUGUGCCCUGCACCCUAUACCCUGGGCCCUGCAGCCUGCACCCUGCGCCCUGCGCCCUGAGGCCUGA